AUCAGUGUGGUCGCAGCAUCCAGGGAAGGUAGCCGCUGGUCCCAUUGAAUCGAAAGACUCUCUCAACAUGGCGACGAAUAUACUGAGUGUUCGAGUGACUGCCCGUGGCCUCGACUUCGGCAGGACCUGGAUGGCGAGGGCUUGCUGGGGAGGAGCAGGAAGAGGAGGAGGAGGAGGAGGAGGAGGAGGUGGUAUGAUGUCCGGCUCCCGACUUCUUCUCUUCUCCCGACACCUUUCCACUGCCAACAAGGAAACGAAGAUCGGAAUUAUUGGAAUCGGACAAGUCGGUGGCGCCGUGGCCGGGAACCUUGUGCAGAAGGGCUACCAGGUGACGGCCGCCGCUGACCCCGACGCCGCCCGCCUUGACGCCCUCCCGCCCGCCGUGGCCCGCUGUUCCUCCCCCGCCGAAGUGCUGAGCCUCUCCGAUGUCGUGCUGACCUGUCUACCCAAGCCAGCCCACGUGAAGGCGGUCGCUGAAGGGUCCAAUGGUCUUCUAGCGGCCAUGACCCCGGGCAAGAUAUGGGUAGACCACUCCACCACUGAAUAUGAGCAGACCAUUGGUUACAUGGCGGAGGUUGAGGGCAAGGGCGCCUAUAUGCUCGAGUCUCCCAUCACCGGAGGCCUUGACGCGCUACGGAAGGGACAGAUGGUGGCUUAUGUAGGUGGGAAGAAGGAGGUGGUUGACGCGGUGAUGCCCAUACUGGAGGCAUCGUAUAUGAAAGUGUUCUACGUCGGGGCCACCGUGGGUAACGCUAUGGUUAUCAAGGUCAUCUCUAACAUGCUCUGCUGCGUCCACGUGGUUGCCAUGGGGGAGGCGCUCAUGCUUGGCAAGCGAGCAAACAUCGAUCUCAGGACCUUCUGGGAGGGGAUAAGGCUCAGUGUGGGGAACAGCUUCGUGUGGGAAACCGCGGCGCCUGUGGUCUUCAACGGAGGCGAUUACGACCCUGGUUUCUCCCUCUCCCUGCAGAAUAAGGACCUCCAGCUGGGAUACGAUAUGGCUAGGAAGUUUAAAGUUCCCAUGGCCCUCCACCAGCAGACCCUUAGCACCUACAGGGCCGCCGAGUACCAGUUCGGGGAGGAGGCGGCCUGCUACAUCGUCCCUCGGGCCCUGGAACUGUCCCUUAACGAGUUCCUUCAGAUUCCAGGAUUCGCUAAGUGGGAGUACAACAACGUAAUCCAAGAAGGCUCCCUCAACGUCACCCACGAAGGCAUUGAGGACAGGAAAGAGGACCAGUAAUAACGGUACCAGAACCAAUACAGAGAAAAGGAACCAUUAAACCAGAAUCAAUACUGCCAUAAGGAAUCAGAGAACCAUUAAAUCAGAACCAAUAAUGCCAAAAAGUGCCAGAGAAGAGGCAUUGAUGGCAACCAAGAGGACCAGUAAUAGCGGCACCAGAACCAAUACAGGGAAAGGGAACCAUUAAAAGAGUACCAAUAUUCCAACAAAGAGCAAUGCAGAAGAGAGAGGCAUUGAGGAUAAGAAAGAGGACCAGUAAUAGCGGUACCAGAACCAACACAGGGCAAGGGAACCAUUAAAUUAGAACCAAUACCGCCAGAGAGAGAGAGAGAGAGGGCGUGGGCGUAGGCGUGGGCGUAGAUAAAGGAGUAAUGGGCGUGUAUGGGCGUAUGCUAAGGCCUUGCGUAGCCUAAUAUGGCAUGGGUUAAGGAUGCUGUUAUUGUUCCUUUCUCCUCAUUAUAAUUAUCAUCAUUAUUUAUCUUUCAUUUAUUGUUUGAGUUUAUUUAUGUGAGGUUCGGUUAUUGUUGUUAUUUCCUAUUGAUAUAUUUAUUCUUUUUUUAUCUGUUGUUGAAUUGUUUUGAAGAGAAAUAAAAAAAAUGA